AGCCCAGACUCAUCAGAGGCUUCCAGCCCGUAAACGAUCACGGUAACUUCCGAUUUCCGAAACCGAAACGGACCUGUCACCGUUUCAAAUCCGAAGGAAGGUAGAGAGUGUUCCAUUCUGUUUACUUGAUUCAUUUCAUCCGCAUCACAAGAAAAGCAACAAUGGCGAAAAACAAAAGCCCCCAACUCACACAUAAAAAUUCACACCAACAUCCUAUGACUGACUGAUAUACCUUCUCAUACACACUACAAAUCUCUCUUAUUGAUCCCCUAAAACCCUAGAAAUUCACCACAAAUCUACUCUGUUUUCUCUCUCAUUCAAACCUUCUUGUCACCUUCUGAUUCAAUUUAAUUAAUUAAUUAAUUUAUUUAUUUCAAUCUCAAGUUCAUCAAUUGUGAGGCCACAGCCAUGGUGGUCUGCAAAUGCCGCAAGGCGACGAAGUUGUACUGUUUUGUACACAAGGUUCCUGUUUGUGGAGAAUGCAUGUGUUUCCCUGAGCAUCAAAUAUGCGUGGUCCAAACUUACUCGGAAUGGGUAAUAGAUGGAGAGUAUGAUUGGCCUCCUAAAUGCUGCCUAUGUCAUGCUGUGAUUGAAGAGGGGAUCGAUCCUCAAACUACUCGAUUGGGUUGCUUGCAUAUUAUACAUACAAAUUGCUUGGUUUCACAUAUUAAAGGUUUUCCUCCGCAUACUGCUCCAGCAGGAUAUGUCUGUCCUGCCUGUUCUGUCCCGAUAUGGCCUCCAAAAAGUAUUAAAGAUUCUGGAUCUCGACUUCAUUCAAAGCUAAAGGAAGCAAUCAUGCAGACUGGUCUAGAAAAGAAUUUGUUUGGAAAUCAUCCAGUUUCCUUGCCGGCAACAGAAUCCCGUACCCCUCCUCCUGCUUUUGCCUCAGAUCCGCUGAUGCAUGCAACUUCUACUGAAGGCAGCUCAUCAAUGAUAGGAAAAGAUGUCGCAGGAUACGCAGCUGCAACCGGAAUGGGCUCUAAUGAUAUUGUGGAGAUUGAUGGCCCUAGUUCAGCGAAUCCAUCUCUAUCUAAUCAGCACUCCAAUUUCAUGAAAAGUGCAAGUCCUGCUGGUCCUGGUGCUACUACGCGGAAGAGUGCAUUCCAAGUUGACCCACAAAAUUCUGAAACUUCAUAUUAUGCUGAUGAUGAAGAUGGGAAUUGGAAGAAGUACUCACGAAGGGGUACUUUGCGUAAUAAGUUUCUCAGGGCAUUGCUACCUUUCUGGUCCAGUGCAUUACCAACUCUACCAGUAACAGCACCUCCACGAAAAGAUGCAUCAAAUGCAGAUGAUGUCCCACAGGGUCGUGUGCGGCAUCAAAGAUCUUCAAGGAUGGAUCCAAGAAAAAUCCUUCUCAUCAUAGCCAUCAUGGCAUGCAUGGCUACGAUGGGUAUUCUUUACUACAGAAUUGCACAACGUGGAUUUGGUGAGGACUUGGCCGAGGAUGAGCAACAGGUGAUCUAGUUUUAUACUUGAAAGAGGUGGUGGUGAUGAUGCCCUGGAUGAAAGCUAAUAUUAUUUUCUCACGUUCAAACUAUCUUGGUUAAUUUUGCUUACUGAGCUCCUCCCUUUUGAUCACCUCUUCCCUCCUGUGGAAAUCUUUGCUUGAUUUGCCAUGAAACAUACACAAGAUCAAGAUCCUCUGUUAUAGGGAAAUUUUCAAUUCUCUCUCUUUUGACAGCAAAAUGUUGUGUUCUUUCUUGGUCAUCCAAUCUCAUUCUUUCUUUCCUUUUUUGUUUGUUUUUUUUGGGUGUGUUUUUCUGGUUUUUUGGUUUUUGGUUUUUGGUUUUUUUUUUUUUGAGUUGAAUGGGAGAGCUGAAUCAAGGGAAAAUUUAUUUCUUCAAAUUGUUCUUUUUUUAAUAUAAGUAAUUAAUUCCAGCUAAUAAACCUGCAACAAUGAAAGUAGUGUGGAUUGAUUUUAUUUGAAAUAUCAAAUUCUGUAUCU